AUGUAAAGAAAUGGUGACCUACUCACUGCAGUUAAAAAAGAAGCUGGAUUUGGUGGGUUUUUUGGUGCAACACCUUCAAUUAGCGUUGAAAUGCCGAAUUAAAUAAAAUAUGAAUAUUUAGAAAUGAAGGACUUUAUUGACAAUAUUGAUGAAAAGGUUUCUUUUGCAAAAAAUGUUAACUAGGAGAAGCUAAAAAAUAAAGUCCUUGUUGAUUUAAACAGACUCAAUAGAGAAGAAAGAAUGGUGCAAAAAUUGGAAGAAAAAUUAGCAAAAUAAGGAAUAGAGGUAAACGAGAGUUCUAUGAUCAAAAUGGAUUUAGAUAAUUUAUAUAGUCUCUAAUUAUUUUCUGAUAGCUUAAAAAAUACAAGUGAUAGUAUUUCAUAAAAAAUUGAAGCUUGCUAGUAAAGAAUAAGCUAAUUAAAAGAUAAGAUCUAUGGAUAAAAAAAUUAAUUGCGCUAACUCAAUUCAACAAUUAUGGAAAAACAUGCCAAAAAAGAAUAGUUAGUGAAAAUGAUUAGGAAAAUUAGAAAAUAAAAUCCUUAAUUCUUUACGUCAAUCAACUAAAACCAUUUGUCAGGAUCAAUACCGUUUCACAGUGAUUACUCAACAGACGAUCAUUACCUAACUUCAGUGCCAGAAUAGAUGAUGAAUGGGUUUAAUGUCAACAAUAAUAGUAUCUCUUCAUAGCAGAAUCCAUCUAUUUAGCUACCUUAAUUAUAAAAUAGCAGUUUGGCUAAUUCAUAUUCUUAAAAUAAUUUAAAAUAUAAAAAACUUAUGUAGAGCUCAAAUAGCGUAAGUAAUAUUAAAUAUUAUAAUAUCAAUAUAGCAAAUACUGAAGAGGAAUUUUAAAAGCUAAAUAUUUUAUAGAAAAGCACAUCUACUUAAGCUCUUCCACCUCUUAAGUAUGAUCCAAUCUAAAAGCUUCAUAAAGACAUAAAAAAAGUAAGAGAUAUAAAUGAAGAAAUAAAAAAUUACUUUAUGAAAAAGUCAAAUGGAUUUUUAGAAAUGAAACGCCUUAUAAAUGAAUGCUUUAAUUCACAAAAAAAAAGAAUCAUGAAAUAACACAAAAUAUCAAACUAAGCUGGGUUGGCAGACUCUAUGCUUUUUGAGAUUAAUAACAAUGAUAUUUUUGCAAAAAAUAAUGCAAUUGCAUUAUAAAAACAGAACAACAUCCUUUCAUAAACUCGUCUCUAAGAUAGAGAACUAAGAAAUGUAUUAUAUGAAACAAUAAAACAUAUAAAAGCAGUAAAAGUUGUUCAAGAGGAAAAUUAAAAUAAUUAAGAAGUAAUCUCACAAUAUUAAGUAACAUAUUAGUAAUUCAGAGAAUUUACUCCAGAUCAAUUACUAAUUUUAAUGAGUAUCAAGCCUGAAGUUUUACAAUAAUUCCUAACUGUUUUCGAUCUGAAGGAAAAAGCCAUGAACCUAAUGGUUCUUAAAGCCAAGCUAAUUUUUAAGAAUAAGUUUAACAAUAUUGCAGAUAAACAAACAUUAGAACAAUCUUAAUAUUAAAUAUAAGAAUAAUAAAUUUGA